AUGAGCGAUAUCGGAAUAGUGUUCGACAGUCACUCUGCUGUGAUCAGCGGGGCCACUAUUACACAACGUGCUUGUCGCAACCACCAACUCCCAUUGGGGGUGGCUCAUCGAUGUGUCCGCCUGCCCUCCCUUGCGCAUGCGCUGCUCAGUCGGCAACUCGCACUCAACAGGUCGGUCUCGUCACGAGUGUCAGAUGCCUCCCAGUCCCAGAUGCCCCACUGUAGCGGGUCCCGAGGGCCCCUGAAGGAUGUAGGGGAUCCCUUGACAGCCUGCCUCGACGUGGACGGGACCUACAUCUGCACGGCGUACAGUUCGCGAUGCUACAUCAUCCAGAAGGUAGGUUCACCGACAGUCCAUAUGUUAGCCUGUGUAUUGCCAGUAUCUGUUAUCUGUAGCCGAGGGCCCUGCUGGGGCCCCGAAGACGACUCGGUGGAUCUGCCGGUAGCCCCACGGCUAGCGGUGGGUCGAUAUCCUCUCACAGACUGUAGAGCACGUGGGACGAUAACGCCAUAUGGAACCACUCUAGGAGUGAAUCCUAGUCCGAGUCCAGCGAAUCUAAACCCUGAUGCGGACAUUUUCGAGAGUAAACUGAAGACGCGUGAGGACGCGAAGAAGGCAACAAAAAGAGAGGGGCAACCAACAGAUGAAAUAUCCUUAAAUUUUGGAAGAUAUUACAGCGGGUACGUGUACAUGAAUGGGGACGUUGGGAAGAUCCCUUCAGGGGCGGUGUACACUGCUUCCCCUGAACCCCAAACUCCCACUCCAGUUAGUGUAAAUGACUUCAGCACACUAAACGGCGUUGUGGAGCCUCAAGAGACGUUCUCCGAUGUUCCGGCCCCUUCAGGGGGGUCGGUCCCCGAGGCCUCUGCCGCCCCCGAGCCAACCCCCGCCGCCCCUACGUCGGCGCCAGGUGUACCCCUUGAACAGCUCAAACAGAUGCUUUCAUCACAACUUGAGUACUAUUUUUCAAGGGAAAACUUGGCCAACGAUGCUUACCUUCUCUCGCAAAUGGACAAUGACCAAUACGUACCGAUAUGGACUGUUGCCAACUUCAAUCAGGUUAAAAAACUCACCAAGGAUAUAAAAUUAAUCACUGAAGUUUUGAGAGAAUCACCAAAUGUGCAAGUUGACGAAGAAGGACAGAAAGUUAGGCCCAGUCAUAAACGCUGUAUUGUCAUAUUGAGAGAGAUACCUGAUAGCACACCUUUGGAAGAAGUUAAAGGUCUGUUUUCUGGAAAAGGUUGUCCAAAGUUAAUCUCAUGUGAGUUUGCGCACAAUAACUCUUGGUAUGUUACGUUUGAAAAUGAUGAGGACGCUCAAAAAGCUUAUAGGUUUUUAAGAGAAGAAGUAAGAGAGUUUCAGGGUAAACCAAUAAUGGCACGGAUAAAAGCAAAACCUAUGAAUAGGUUACCCAUUCCACCGGCAGUUUCUGCCAUCGGAACAAUGAAAAAUGGUUAUAGGGCACCACAAGUAACAACUGCGACCACUCCAGCAUUCGACCCCACGACAGCAUAUGCUCCCGCCCAGCAGAGGUUCUUGUACAAUGGUAGUUCAAUACCUCCGGUCAACUACGGUAGUCCUGUUCAGAUCUAUGCAUUUCAACAACAUCAACCGUUCUACUCUGCCAGCAUGUUGCCACCCUGGGGACCCACAAGUCCGGCCUAUUUUGAGUUUGGCAGUGUAUUCUCUGUUAAUGGUCUUGCUCCUCAAGCUUCUUUUGCUAAAGCACAAGGCUCCAGGUUCAUCACUGGUUCAAGGAACAGCAGAAAUAAACGAUCAGAACAUCGUAGUUCUGUAUCGGAAUCUAGUUCUUCUCGUAAUUACGUCAGCAAUAAGGGCAAUGCGAAAGCAUCAGAGUCACACACCAGCCAUGUGAGCAGUGCCUCCUCUACGACAGUCACAAAGAACUUCUACCACCGAGACAUCUCAGCCCCGGAAACUGAUGAGAACAUUGCCAGGCUCUCUGACUCAUUGGACGGAUACAUACAGCCCAUCUUAGUGUCUAAGGAUUCUGUGCCCCCAAGGCGCCGUAGGAAAGAGGAUGAGUCUAGAGUGAGUAGCAGUCCUGGUCCUGCACCACUGACAGCCAACUCUCCUCGUGGAGCUCAGUUUGACUUGGAAGAUGAUGCAUUUCCACCACUGCCUGCCUCGGCCCCUGCACCUCCCCCCGCCCCCCUGGAGCCGCCUCCUGAUACUGCUCAACCGACUUCGGCAUCACAGUCUCAUAGGGAAAACAGGUUGUCUGAUGUUGUGAAAGGAACAGCUAAAACCAAGCCUUCAUCUAACAGUAGUAUAAGUAUUAGUUGUUGCAAUACCAAGGACAAAGAGACUGGUUCUCCCAGGCCACGCUCAGCCUCUCCCCCUCCGUCUACGCCUAGUCAAGUUACUCCGCUGCCACUCCCCACGCCCCCUCUAACUCCAGAGAAGACAGUUCCUGUAGCCGCUGCUGCCAAGUGCUGCACGGCAGACAAAUCUACCAAGACUGAUGACAUGGUAGUGAAUGGUGCUGCUAGUGAAGUAGCUGUGAGUGCAACUGAAAGCUCGCAACCUACCACAACAAAUGCUGCAACUAUGACUGAUGUUACUACUGCUCCCACUACUCAGCAAACUGAAUGCAGUGGGAAUCAAAGACUAAGCUAUGCUCAAGUCGCACAACAUGCCAAGGAUAAGCAAUCCGAGCUAGCAGACAAACUGACUAUUACUACUCUGGCUGAAGAUGGUAAAAAGGAAGUGUACACACUUGCUUCAGGCCAGACUUCUCCUAGAGAAACGGUGGUGGGCGGAGCAGUAUCAGGGCGGCCUACAGGAGUGGGGCGUGGCGGGCGGCCGGUGGACCGCGAGAGAGAGGGCCCCGCCGUCGUGAUCGUGAACGGGACAGUUUGCUCAGGUUUAAUACACGCCCUCGGUCGCCCAAAUAGCACGAUCCGGUUACUCGGAGAGGGUGGUGGGCCAGUGUAGCAGACGUUAGCUGAGAGUGGUUCGUGAGACAAAGACUCAUCUCUCUCUGGCAAGUGCCUCUAAGUGCUGCACACAGAUAUGGAACUGUGAUACCAGUAGCUCUUACUCACUUAUAUUGGUGUAUUUUAUCAGGGAUAGUAUCAUCACACUACUGUUUGUAAACAUUAGCCGCUUGUUUAUGACUUUUAAACAAAUGUUGUAUGUUAAAUUAUUUUUAUUUUAACAAACUGGUGAGGCCCAAAAUGUACUUGUUAAUGGAUGAUUACUAGACUCAGUGUAUUUAUUGUAAGAAAGUCAUUUUUCUGUAAAUAAUCCUGACUAAAAUUUAUUUUUGACAUGUAAAAAUGCAGUGUAGAGUAUUUAGAAUUUAUUGUAAUAAUAGCUAAUGUUGCAUUAUUUCAAAAAGUUAUCUAUUUUAAUUGUUGAAUUUUUAUUCGUAUUGCCAUUAUUUACGAAUGAAACGAUAUCCGAGAUGUGUGUUACCAAGAAAGUUAAGUGAUUGCCUUGCUAAUGCCGUAGGAGUGUGCAUGAGACAGACUAUCCAGGUAAGUUAUGUUAGCCGCAACUACGCUAUUCAGUACUCAAUAUGCUGAACGAAGCUUGACGUCGCAGCCACAGUUCGGUUUGAUAUUUUUACAACCAGUAUACCUUCAAUAGGUGUAGUGAAUGAUGUCAACAUAGUGUCGCUUGAUCUAUUAUUGUUUUCUUUAACUCGGUAAAUGUGUUAAGCGAGGUGAGUUAUUGGACAUUCAGUGUGAUUAUUAAGUAAAUCAAGUUUAUUUUAACGGUUAAGUUACAGUAUAUUUGUAUGGUCUGUUGGUGUGAAUACACUUCUCUUUACACUUUAUUAUGUUCCUCCAACAAAAAUAUUGUUUUCUUUUACUAAAAGCACUUUGGUGUUCUGAAAGUAGGAUAAUGUAUAUGUUAUUGUAUUGUACGAACAUAUUUUGUAAUAAAAUAAAAUUAUUUAUAAUAAAUUAUAGAUAUGAGACCUCUUCAAGAAUGAAUACAAUAACAAAUAUGUCUAUAUAUUGGUGGUUUUGUACUAAACUGUAAGCCUUAAGUUAUGUUUAGUAAAUGUUUUGUUAUUUUAGAAAAAAUCAGUAAUGCAUGAAUUUGUAUUGUUAUUACUAUUUACAACACUAUUAAGUUUAAAACAUAUUUUUAAAACAUUUUUACCAUUUUAUUUUUUAUAUAAUUAUAUUAUAUAUAUACAAAUAUGUAAUAUAAUUUUCAGAAAGCAGCAAUUUAACAGAGUUUAUUUAUAAAAAAUAAAAAGAACAUUGGUUUUGUGUUAACAACAACUUAUGAAAAUGUUAUUAAGCCUUAAAAUAUUCCAUGUGAUGUUGAUUUACGCAGCAUUGUUAAUUUAUUAAAGCUACUUUACUAAAUGGUACCCGGUUAAAUUGGGUAAUCUGUUAUAGGACCUUUCCCUGGAUUAUAAUAACACAACAGUAUAGACAAUGUUAUUAGAGUAACAUUCAUACAGUAUUUGUGGCAUUAGUUUGUGGACUGUUACUGUAGAUAGUGAAGAACUUUAAACAUUGAAGAGUUUAUUGGAACAAAAAAUAUUUUGAUUUCCAUGUUAAAAGAACCCAAAAAUAAUCACUCUUUAUAUCUAUAAAGAAUAGAGUUGGUAUGACAAAUAAAAAAAACCAACAAAAUAUAAACAAUGGGUUUCUUGGAUGAUUUAUAAUUAUCGUGAAGUUGUAUGUUCAUCAGCCAUCUUCAUUUGGUUACAAUUUUUAGUGAUAGUGUAUAUGAUAAGUAUUGCAUAGCUUUUGUUGGGAUUUACAAACAGUAAAAGGCCUAUUAUUCUGUUUAGAGGCCUAUUAAAUUGUUCUGGUGAAAAUAUAGGACAUUUUCCUUAUCAAUCUUAAGAGAAGGUAAAAAUUAAAAAUCAAGGCCAGUAUUACAACGAGAGCAUUAAUUUGUUUAGGCCCUUGAUAUAUAGUCCAUAAUUAAAAUAGCCUGCACCUUUUUAAGCAUCUAAAGAUUCACCCAAAUUGAAUGUGAGAUUAUAAAAAGAAAGAACAUGUUGGAUGCUUCAGUGAGACUGAUUGUCUUCCCUCUUGAAUGCCAAAGGUAAUACUGAGUGAUGAAUGUAUGGACAGAAUAGAAGUAUGAAUGAGUUCUGUGAUAUGGAAAUUUUAAGAAAAAAAAAACUAAUUCUCAAACGUUGUUUGUUCAAGUUAUUUUGUGGACAACAAAUUCAAAGAUUACAAAACCACCAAGAGACUUGAGUUUUUCAAGAGUAGUCCAUUGUGUGUCUUGCAUUAAUUGGUGACAAGGGUUUAUCUACAAUCCAUUGAUUUGUUAUCAUAGAUGUUGGUUUGUAAUUGCUUGAGUGAUGUGGUUACGAGUACUGUGUAAUCAGCAUACUGGAUAGCAAUAGUUAGAGAUACUCUCUUCGAUGGUGAUGGAGUUGAUAUCCGAGUCAUAUGAAUUUAUUCAUAUGAGGCUUUCACCAACAUGACUGUCAAAUCAUUUUAAUGCAGAGUGUUCGGUUGCAAACAAGUCUUUGUCACUAUCAAUGGUUUAUUCAAAUGAACAAAGUGUUAGAAAAUGUCUAGUGGUAAUUGAACAGCAAAACUGGUUUACUUAUAUGUCAAAAAUUCAUACAGUCACUGAAAAUGGUGGUUUGUGGUGAGUUCAAUCAAAAGUCUUGAUAGUUAAAGUUGAUCUCACUCUAAAGGUUGGCUCAAAGGAAUGAAUGUCCUGAAAUUUGAAAUAUCCCGUUAGUUUCCUUUUAUUGUGUAUUGAAUGGGUAUUUUAUGAUUGAAAGAUAAAUUGGUUUAAAUGAUAGCAGGAUUAUGGUGUUGAUUAUGCAGCAUAGGAGGACAGUAUGUGAAAUGUUAUCAAUUCCCCCAAAAGAAAUUGUUGUUAAGUUGGAGAUGGUGAGGAGGAGAGUGAUCUGAAACCUUAUAAAUGCAUAUAACUUCUUUUCAGCCCUGGGACUCAGUUGAUCGCUUAAGGCAAAUCCCAGGAUCAAGUGAUCGUUUUUGUGGAGUUUAUUUCCAGGACUGAGUGGUUGAUAUAUGCUUAGACAAAUCCUAAGACUGACUAGUUGUUAUCUCUGGAAUCAAAGUCUUUAAUUGAGCCACUACUUAGUAGAUGAAUUUUUGAUGAGGUCAUGUAUAUUCGUCCAGAGAGUAUAAAGUGUAAGGUGAAGUCCAAGUUUAGUUCUGAUGAGAAUAGAAUCUGACUUUAUAGUUGAUGAAGAUGUAUAAAAACGUUCUUAGCUCAUUAAAAAUUCACUGUUAUGAAAGUUGGUGUGUUUUAUCAUUUUAUAUUCGUGAAUGUUAUUAAUAUUAAUAAUAAGUUAACAGAGAUUGAUAUGUAUAUGAGGUAUUUCAAGCGUGUGUUAAUAUAAACAAAAUAAGAAAUUAUUACAGCAAAUUCAGUACCUUUCAGAUUGAUAUAUUGCUUAUUUGAAAGUUACAGUUUUUGGAUAAAAUUUGCUGCUUUCUAUUAAAUAAUAAUGGAAAACCCACUAGAAAUGAAAUGAAAAUGUUAAGUUCCUGUAAAAAAUUCUAGAUAUCUCGCAUGUAUAUAUAAACUGAUAAAAGCUGUAGAUAUCAAAUAGCGCCAAGAAAAAAAUGGCACAGUGCUGCUCUUUCAAAUGAAUCGAGUCCAAGAUUUUACUAGUCUUUAUUUGUUUGUAAGUAUUUUUUUUUCAUAAAAUUUGUAAUUAGUUUUACAAAAUAUGUCUUUGGAAAUAAAUAUAACUUUUCAAAGUGACUAACUGAUUCCAGAGGUUUUCACACAAUGAUAGAUUUUCAAUAUGUUUUUGUUUUUCUUAAAAAAAAAACACCUGCCAUAGACAGUCUAGUUACGGAUGUUUGUGUGAAGAGAUGUAUUCACAGGUUACUACAAACAACAUAGCUAGAAUAGUUUUUAUUAUUUUAAGUCCUGUCAUACAUAAUACUAUCUAUGAUUUUAUAUGCAUAUAUUCUUUUUAAUAUAUCUUUGACUGACCAUACACUUGUAUCUGGAAUAUAUAUGUUCAGCUUCGACAUUAAAGUAUGUUAUCGUAUUUUAUUUAAAGCAGUCUUACUACUUCUAAUAAACUGUACUUUUUAAAAGAAUUGUUUUUCUACAAAGUAAUAUUUAGUUACUAACCGAUUUUGUAUUUGCUGGUUAAUCAGCUACACCAAAAUGUAUUUAAAUGUAGAUAGAUAUCUUUAAAAUGGCAUUUUGAUUGUAUAGGUUGUUAUUGUAUUAUAUAAUUUUUUCCAUUUGCCAUGAUAAAUUCUACAAAUACGGGGUUACUGUUACAAUGUCAUAGAUUAAUGAUUUUGAGUUAGUUAGUGUAGUUAGACCUCCGAUUAAUCCAGGUCAGUCAUACAGCAGUUAGACACUUUAAGUUGAAAUUUAUUGAGUGCAGUUUUGUUGUUAACAUAAAAAGAAAAAAUAUGUUUGAAAUCAAAACAGUUAUUUUAAAACAGACUUAUAAAAAGGUGUAAGAGAAAUGUUUAACUAAAUAUAUAAUACUUUGUUCUUAUUA